UUUAAUAAAUUCUCACCAAAGUUUUUAUCUUUGACAUUUGAUUUAAAUUAUAUGACCCUUUCUAUUUCUUCCCCACUAAGAAAUUAUCUAUUUUUCGCAUUUAACACCCAAAUUAAAACUAAAAAUCCUUACUUUUUUCCCGGAAACUUAGUGACACUUUCCCGGGAAAAUAGAUUUUUUUUUUUUCUUUUUUAUUUUCCCUGGGUUAGAUAGUGUUAAAUUCGAUUCCUUCCGACACUAGUAGAAAAAAAUUUGAUUUUGUUUUUCCUUUCUUUUGUUGAAAGAUUAGAUUUUUAUUUCAUAUAGAAUGGGACAACAGCAAUCCAAGGAUGAGCUUCUGUAUCAGCAAGUUAGUUAUGGAAAUACCGAAGGGAUCAAAUCCCUUUGCCGAGAAGGUGCACGCCUCGAGUGGGUUGAUAGAGAUGGAAAAACCCCUCUCAUUCUUGCUUCAAUGAAUCCGGAGCUAUUCAAUGUAGCAAAAACUUUGAUUGAACUUGGGGCCAAUGUCAAUGCUUAUCGUGCUGGUCGUCAUGCUGGGACUCCUUUGCACCAUGCAGCUAAAAGGGGCCUUGAAAAUACUGUUAAGUUGCUUCUAACUAAUGGAGCCAACGCUUUAGUCAUGAAUGAUGAUUGUCAAACUCCUCUUGAUGUUGCUAGGGAGAAAGGGCACGGUAAUGUUGUCCGCGCAAUUGAGCACCAUAUUCGCUUAUUCUCGGGUUGGAUGCGAGAGUUUUAUGGGCCUGGAUUUCUUGAUGUAUUCGCUCCUCAAUUGCUUUCAAGAAAAGUUUGGGUUGUUAUUCUACCGUCUGGAUCCCGAAAUCCAACCAAGCCUUAUAAGUUGGAGCUUGCCCUAUAUCCUAGUGUGCAGGAUGCCAAACCGCGUGCUGUAAUUGCAUUGUGGAAAGCCAAUUUGGAAGAACCGAAGUCACUUCAGGCUGAUUCGUUCGUGUCAAUUCUCGAGAAUGUCACUAUACCGAGAGGCAGGAGGCGGAGAAGAAGGUGUAGGCCUCGAAUGCUUAGUCAAACUCGCAUUAAACUUGCCCCCGAAAAGGAAGGUGACUGGCAACAGCUUCAACAGUUCUGCAAUGCUUGCAAAGGAAUUCCUCAGGCACAUCCUGCAUUUUUGCAUACUGAUCAAGUCACAGUUCAACAAGCCUCUUCACCACCAGCUGAGGAUUUGGAAUUAGCUAUGGCAUUGAGUGCCUCUAUUCAGUCUGCUUCGGAGGAAAACCCUUAUAAUGCCAAUCUGAGCUCUGGAGCCAGUUCAUCUGGCACUCAGAACCCGAGCAGUUCUAAUCAGAGUGCAUCAAAAGCGCCUGAGUGGCCAGAGCAAGGAACUUCCGAAAGUAGCCAUUCAUGCUCAACCGAGCAUGAUGACAAGAUCCACCAUGAAUCAGUUGUCCCAACAAAUCAAACCCCAGAAUCGAUUGCAUCAGCACCACCGAUUCCAGAUGGUCCCAUUCACUAUCCAUCAAUUGAUUCAAGUCCUAUUGAUAUAUCCUCCCCAGUUGUUGAGAAUAAUGUACCUGCUAAACUCGGUGAUAGUAAAGAAGAUGGCGAAUCGUCAUCCUGUGUUGUUUGUUUGGAUUCUCCUGUUGAAGGAGCUUGCAUCCCUUGUGGUCACAUGGCUGGAUGCAUGUCUUGUUUGAAUGAAAUAAAAGCCAAGAAAUGGGGAUGUCCAGUCUGUCGAGCAAAGAUUGACCAAGUUGUAAGGCUUUAUGCUGUGUGAUGAUUAAAGCAAAAUGUGAGCAGCCCUACAUGGAGAUCGAUUUGGCCGGCUAUGGUGGGAUAAAGGAGUUUGGCUCCAGCAUGCAGCAUAAAAUCUAUGUUUGUAAGGUUGUUUUUUCUUUUGUUUAUUCAUAGCUGGUGUGUUAAGAACAAACAAGACUUAUUUGUUUUUGCAAUUGUUUUCUUGUGUAAAGUCUUUGUAUUAUACAUAUAUAAAUAAUAUAAUAUAUAUUAUGUAUACACCCUUAAUAUGUGUGUAUGCUGUUUUUUUGUA